CUAUAGAAGAUAUUGAAACAGACAGGAUUUUUGUAGAAAUUCUAUACCAUAUAUUUAUUUCGUUUUAAUCUCUAUGUUUACGCAAGUAUGACGUGAAAUAUUAUAGAUAGUUUAAACACAAUCAAAUAGAACAAUACACUUUACUUAAUAUGGUUUUUAAUGUUAAUGAAUUGAGAUAGAAAGUAUAAAUUUCUUUUCGAAAGCAGGCAACCUUUUCUUUUUUAUGGACAGGGAGAAUGCCGUACGAGCAUAGCGAGAUAUACAGGUAUGAUUAAGAUUGACGAAUAGUGUAAAGAAAGACGAUAAUGUAAAUACAAUACACAUUUGAUAACUUUAAAAAUGUCGAACGAAACGACGACAGAGACAUCAACAGCUCCUCCGAAAGAAGAGUCUGGUAAAAGUACUAAUGAAAAUCUUGCAGAGUUAUUGUCAGAUAUAUCUGUUGAAAGAGAAGAAAGUGUAUUUAGUUUAAAACGAUUACUUGACGUUGGAAAUAAUAAAAAUGUUCUUCGUCAGAACUACGUCGACGAAACUGUACUCAAAUUUACCAUGCGUCGAAUAGAAGGCGAUAAAGACAUGGUUGCUGCCGAUUUAUGUCGUGACCAGAAUGUAUUCAAAAAGAAAUUAAAAGUUUACCGAGAUAAACAGAGAAAACUAACUGCAAAACGGCUUGCAAAUGAGAGAAUGAUAUAUGAUACAAAACAUAACAAUGUUAACGAAUCAACGGACUCUUUAGAAGAUCUUCUAAGAAAACAAUUGACAGUGCGGAGACCCGUUAUAAAAAAGCAAAGACCUGCAACAUGUAUACCUACAAUGCUGCAACUAAAAACCAAAACAGACCAUCUUAAAGGCACAGAGAGCGUAGAGUUUGAUAAGAAAUUUUUCAUCAACAGAAAAAGAUAUCGCGUUGAUUUGAGGCCAAAGAUUUCUCAUACCUAUCGUGAAAAACCUGAAAUGCUUGAAAAAGUAGUAAACGGAAACAGAGGGUAUCUUACUGAUCCUAAAGAAGCCGUUAGAUAUUUUGAAGAUGACGAAAUCGAUGAGAGGAAAGGUAUUUAUGCCUUGUUGACAGACAUUCGGAAAAAAGUUGAACAAAGAAAAUUAAAAGUUGGUCAGGAGAAAAUGAAUUUGUAUUUAGAUAAAUAUUUUCCAAGGAAAAUUAAAAGUGUCAUUUUGAGUGACGGACAAGAGACUGACCUGGAAAAGAUCCAGGAUCAAGCACAGAAAAUAACAGUUACACUUCGAUCACAAACAACGUUGGCAUAAGCAACAUAUCUUUAUUUUUUGUUAUUUUUUUCGCCAUAUAUGUUUACAAACCAAUAGUUAAAAAAUUAUGAAUUUCACGGACAAACUUUUAU